UAGAGCUCCAUCGUUUCGCACCCUGAUCCAUCCACUUGACCCGAAGCUAUCUCAAUCACUGAGCUCACUCACCUCGCUCCCUCUUGAGUUUCUCUCGCCAACCCCGCGCAAUCGCGUUUAGCCGUUCCCAUGGCUCCCCGGACAGAAUUCAACGUCGAGCAGAUUCGCAACAAGGCGAGAAAGGAUCUGUUGUAUCUCCUCGAAGGUGUACGUUCCCACCGCCUCGGCCCGCGAGCUUCACCCAAGCCGAAAGCUAUGUGAUUCAUGCAUCCGGCGAACUCAACUCACACCUCACUUCUAUGUAGGUUCGCGGGAAGAAGAAUGUCGUUCUAGAUCAAAGCCUAGUCGGGCCGAUCGGGACUAUAGUCAAGGUUGCCGUCCUUCAAGAAUAUGGAGUAGAUAAGUUCUUCAUUCUAGAGAAUGAUAAUGCCGAUACCAGCCAGCGCAAUGUUGUCUUUAUUUCUCGUGGCGAGUGCGGUCGCCAUGCUGAAGCCAUAGCUGGUCAGUUGCCAUAAUACGACAAAGAAGUUGCACUCUGACCCCCUCCUAGCUCAAAUCAAGCGUAUCCAGCGCGAAAGCCAAACCGGGCACGACUUUCACAUAUUCUGGGUCCCUCGCAGAACCCUCGUCUCCGACAAGCUUCUAGAAGAGGCCGGUGUAUUAGGCGAUGCCAACAUUGCGGAAUUGCCACUAUCGUUCUUCCCUCUGGAGAAGGAUGUUCUGUCACUCGAGCUCGACGGCUCAUUCCGCGACCUGUAUCUAUCUAAAGACGUUACACCCAACUUCCUUAUGGCCAAAGCCCUUAUGGAGGUUCAAAGAAACCAUGGCCUAUUCCCGCGAGUGAUAGGGAAGGGUGAUAAUGCAAAGCGCGUUGCCGACUUGCUUUCUCGUAUGCGCCAGGAGCUUCUUGCUGGUGAAGAUACGCCAGAAGCCAACAAGAUUGGGUUGACGCCUAGUACAACCAACGAGAGCGUAAUUAUCAUCGAUCGCGAAGUUGACUUUGUUACACCCUUGCUCACUCAAUUGACAUACGAGGGGCUCAUUGAUGAAGUCUUCGAGAUCCACAACAACCAGACCAAAGUCGACACAACAGUUGUCGGCGCACCGGCACAGUCCUCGGCUGCAACUUCACAAAGCAGGAAGCGAACAAUCCAGCUGGACUCGGGCGACAAGCUUUACGAGCAAUUACGUGACGCCAACUUUGCGAUCGUUGGAAGUCUCCUCAACAAAGUUGCGAGGCGGCUGCAGAAGGUGCAAAGCGAUUACGAGAGUAAACACAAAACAAAGACUAUUGCGGAACUCAAAGACUUUGUCAGUCAAUUGCCAGGAUACCAACAAGAACAGCAGAGUGCGAGAAUACACACAGGCCUCGCGGAGGAGAUCAUUAAACAUACCCGGACAGACCAGUUCAAGGGUCUUUUGGAGGUUCAACAAAAUCUCGCUGCUGGGGCUGAUCCGUCAAGCCAGUUCGAUGGCAUCGAAGAAUUGAUAGCGCGAGAUGCUCCUAUCGCGCAGACUCUAAGAUUACUGUGUAUCUACUCGUGCAUAUCUGGGGGCAUAAGACCUAAGGAGUUCGAUCAAUUCAGGCGCUUGAUUCUAGAAGGCUACGGCUACCAGCAUCUCCUCACGCUUAGCAACCUAGAGAAACUACAACUCUUUCUGUCCAAGUCGUCGCCCCUGGCUGGCAUGAUCCCUAUCCCAGGCACCAACGCCGGCCCGACAGGAAGCAAGACGAAUUAUACAUAUCUUCGCAAGCAGCUUCGGCUCAUAGUUGAUGAGGUUCAAGAGGACGAUCCAAACGACAUUUCCUAUGUGUACAGUGGUUAUGCUCCUCUUUCAAUUCGCCUCGUUCAAUGCAUUCUGCAGAAGCAAUAUCUGCUUUCGGUGACUAAAGGAAACAGCGCCAACGCAGCGGGAGCGCCCGCAGGCGUUGGCACGCAAGGAUGGCAAGGGUUCGACGAAGCUGCCAAACACGUUCGAGGUCAGACGUUUUAUGAGCACCAGAAGGGUGAGGAUAAGGCUGUCAAAGCCCGGGCAUUGCUCUCUGGAAGUGGCAACAAGCAGACUGUCUUUGUUGUGUUCGUCGGCGGCAUCACUUUCACCGAGAUUGCUGCUCUAAGGUUUAUUGCAAAGCAAGAAGAAGGACGGAGAAAUAUUGUGAUUUGCACAACGUCGAUCAUCAAUGGAAACAAGAUGAUGGAAUCGGCGAUCGAGAAAGAAUCGUUUGCGAAAGAGAGCGUGCCCGCUUCAACGACCUGACAUCCAACGUCAGCAUACUAUACUUAUUUAUGAUACCUAGAAUAUUGUCAAGUACUGGUUACCUGGUUUGGCGCAUUUCAAUGGCGUUUGAAUGAUUGGAGCAAGAUACCGAGUACAUCAACAAGUUACGGUAGGCAGGCAUAGAACCCAUUCUUUGAAGGACCGUCCCAGACCUUAACAGCACGAUUGUAAAUAUCUUGAAAAUGAAGCUCAUUAAUACAGACUCAGAACUUGAAUGUCGUCUGAAUGAAUUGUAGACCC